AUUUCCAGGCUCUCGCAGAGCUCCGCGUAUUGCUGCCUGUUAACGUCUUGGACCUAUGCGGCUUCAACCACGGAGCAGAGACGGACCGCUUGUGCCAUUCACAGCCACAGAAAGGGCUCCCCCGCACCCCGCAUAUACACACACCCCGCUGCACGCUGGACGCUUUCUUUUUUUUUUUUCUACAUGCGCCUCCGACCGGAAUAAAUAAUUGAGGAAUGUGGAGAAUACAGAAUGCCCAACAGCGCUGGAAAGAGAUUUAAACCCACCAAAUACAUCCCGGUGUCCACUGCUGCCACGCUCCUGGUGGGAUCGACCACUUUAUUUUUCGUCUUCACGUGUCCCUGGUUGAUGAAGGUAAUCUCUCCCGCUGUGCCCCUCUACAAUGGCCUGGUCUUCCUCUUCGUCUUGGCCAACUUCAGCAUGGCAACCUUCAUGGACCCUGGUAUUUACCCCCGAGCUGACGAGGAUGAGGACAAGGACGACGAUUUCCGGGCGCCGCUUUACAAAAACGUGGAGAUCAAAGGCAUUCAGGUCCGGAUGAAGUGGUGCGCCACCUGCCACUUCUACAGGCCGCCCCGCUGCUCACACUGCAGCGUCUGCGACAACUGUGUGGAGGAUUUCGACCAUCACUGUCCCUGGGUGAAUAACUGCAUCGGUCGGAGGAACUACCGUUACUUCUUCCUCUUCUUGCUGUCGUUGAGCGUUCACAUGGUGGGAGUCUUCUCCUUCGGCCUCAUAUUUGUCCUCCACCACAGAGAAAAGCUGGGAGGACUUCACACCACUGUCACCAUGGUGGUGAUGUGCAUAGCGGGGCUGUUCUUCAUCCCGGUUAUGGGCCUCACGGGCUUCCACAUGGUGCUCGUAGCUCGGGGUCGAGCGACUAAUGAACAGGUGACGGGCAAGUUUCGUGGGGGAGUAAAUCCAUUCACCAAGGGUUGCUGUGGCAACGUGGAGUACGUCUUAUGCAGUCCGCUGGCGCCCAGGUACGUGUUCGACCCCAGGAAGAGGCCCCACGUCAAAAUCCAGCCCCCGUUUAUCCGACCGGACCUCUCUGACCGGCAGAUCACCAUCAAGGUCAGCGACAACGGCAUGCACAGCACGAUAACGAACUCCAAGUCCAAAAGCAGCAUCGACGGCCUGGACGGCAAAGAAACCCAGCCGCCGCUGCCCCCCAAAGCUGACAGGUACAACCAGCUGAAAGGCCAGCUGACGUCCAGCGAAGAAAGCUCUCUUUCUGGAAAAACCCACCCUUCCACUCCAGCGAUGUACAGAUUCAAGCCAUCCUUUGGCACAAUGCCAAAAGUCCACUACCACACUGCUGGAGAGAAGAUCGUUAUGCCAGAUGGUCGAAAAAACUCAGCCAUCUUGGAAGAAGGUGUACGAUCCGACUACCGAUCUGAGCCAAACCUCGAUCUGCCCGAGUAUGCCAACGCUCCGCUCCACCGCACUUUCCAGUCCUCACCUCACCAGCUGGAUGCAGAUCCCACCAACUCCCGUACACUCAGCCUGAAGCAAGGUCACCGCCGGCCAGAGAAGGGCCAGCUGCAGGCGCUGCCGCCCCAGACGGUCGCUUCCACUGCGUACAAGGGUGUUUUCUCUCCAAACACUCUCUCCAACCGUAACGGCAGUCUGUCCUAUGACAGUCUGCUCAACCCCAGCAUCUCUCCAGCCAGUGCCAAUGAGUGCAUGGCCCACCGGGGUAUGCCAUCCAUGGGAUUCCAUUCACCCUACCUGCCCACCAAAAUGUGCCACAUCCGGGAAUCUGAGAUCCACAGACAACAGGUUGCUCAAACUUACAGUCCGGUGAUGCCUCCCAGAGGGUUGGGCAGACAAUCCCCUCACCUAAGGGACAGAGAGCCAUCUCCGGUGCGCUAUGAUAACCUCUCCCAAACCAUUAUGGCCUCCAUCCAGGAGAGGAAGGAGAAGGAGGAGAGGGAGAAGCGGCAGAUGCUGCACGGACGCUCCCAGACCCAUAUCUACGCCCAGGACUCUGGCGUGUUCGACGCAGGUUAUGGCCCACCCGCCAACGCCGGCUUCCUAGAUGGACCUCGUGGGCACGGCUCUAGAGGCCCGACACCGCCAGCGUACGGUGGCUCCAGGGACAAUCUGAUGGGGGUCGGGCUGGUAAACUACGGCCAAAGAACCCCCGUAUUGCGUCACGCUGGUACCACUCUUGGCCGGGCCCCCAGGACUUCAUCCACCUCCUUACACACAGACCACAGCAGCUCUAACAGCAGCCAGGGCAGGGCCCCCAGCCACGAAGGCUCCUAUCGCUCCCCCACCCACAAGCCCCGAUCCCCGGCCAUGCCCCGAUCCCCCUCCUACUCCCACCAGAAAUUUUCCUACAUCAGCGCUCACGACAGGACAGACUCCCCUCGGUUAGGGGGCCAGAGAGAGGCCAUGAAAGUUAACGGGCAGAUGGACUGCCACCUGAGCCCCAGUCGCCACGGUAACGUCAAAAAGGUGACAGGCGUCGGAGGCACCACGUACGAAAUAUCUGUGUGAGCGAGGAAAGCACCCUCAGCUUGUUCACAACAACAUCGCUGUGGAGGGGAGAAAUUGUCUUUUGUCCAAUCGGGGCUCGUUAUUACCUGGUGAUAUGAUUUAACUGUCCAAUCAAAGGAACUCAUUGUGUGAGGCUGUCAAAGCAAUACCGUAUGAAUCUGUGCUGAUGGAGAACAGUAGUAGGGGAACAGUAGUAGGAAAAAAAAAAAACAAAACAAAAAAAAAAACGCCUCAAGAAAUGAUGUGUGUGUGAGCGUGAAGGCUUUUGUCGUCAAUAAUUCUGACUCGCCAUCUUGGUUGGUGGAACAGGAAGUCCGGCAGCCUGUCGUGAGCCAGCUGCUCUGGACAUCCGGACCUCGGCAAGAAGACUGCUGCUCGGGUCCUACGUGACAAGAAUUCAUGGUGCUUUACUUUUUCUCCUCCCGUACCGUUCACAUCGUCUUUGGGCGUGUUGUGAUGAACAUCUUAAAGGCUUUGAGAGUCAGCCAGGAAGUUUAGGAAACAUACGUAACAGGAGUGGAAAGAGAAGGUUUUAGUCUUCUCAUCUCGUCUGAUGGUUGCAUUCCAAAUUCAGUUGCUUUUGAUUGAAAAAAGGAAAAGAUAACUUUGUGUUUGUUAAAAAUAUUUUUUCUCAGGAAUUAAUGCAACCAGCAGACAUGCUAGUUGACAUGAAUUCAUAUAUUAUGAAUGUGUUUUUUUUCCCUUGAUGUUUAUUGCAGAUUAUUUAGGGCUUUCUUUCCCUCUUUUACCUUCACAAAAGGGCGGCGUGGAGCUGUGUGCCCUUGUUUUUCAGAGACAACCCUACAACACAAGAGCUGGGCUGGUAUGUUUGCAUUCUGAAAUCCUAGAAUACCUCAUCACAAUAUUUCUCACAGACUCCAGAUAAGUUAAGACUUGCACAGUCCCAAGAAAAACUCAUGUUUCAUCAAAUAAAGGAAAAUAUAUAUAUGUGAUUUAAAAAUGAGUGUCAAAUAAGGUGUCUUUUUGAUACAAUUUUAGUUUUCUUUUUUCCUUUAACAUGCCCAAUCUCUUAAAAACCAUGUUUGAUACAUAUUUUUUUUACCUACAUUUUGGUUGAAUUUUAAUGUUUAAAGUGAGGGAGGCGCUCCUGGUAGAUAUGCUUAAAAAUUAUGAAAUGAUUUCAUCUUUGCUUGCAGUAGCAUAAUCUAAACCGGAUUCAUUUUUCUGAAAAAUGUAACCUUUAACUUGAGUAUAUUUAUUCAGUUGGGGGUAAAAAAUGUAUUCAAAGAAAUAAAAGUUUUUAAACAUGUGGCACAAUGAGUGGUACUCCUACCAAUCACUUUAAAAGAAAAGUUUUAUUUAGACUCUGUAAAGCUGAUCAAAGUUUCUAGGAACUGCUGAGUAUUAAUACACGGCACUGAUUUCUUGGAGUACAUUUAUGACAUUAAAAGACCCAGGCUUGAUGGGGACCUAUAUUUAUCUUGCCACCCUACAGUGAGCAGGGUGACAAGGCAGAUGGUAAAAAUAUUUCCAAAGCUCACUAUGAUGAGAUCUACCGCAAAGACGAGUCCUGCUGCCACAAAGUCCCUGAAAACAGGUUGUUUGGAAGGGAUGCAAGUAAAAAUGUUUUUCUGUUCCUAACAUCACAAAAGAAAAACAUGGAAUUUGCUGUCUUUCUGGUGGAAUAGCUGGAAAGUGAGAUGAGACUAAAAUUGAGCUUUCCAGCAAUACCUCAGGUAGGUUUGGUGUGUAAUAAAGAAUGAAUACGAGGAAUAGCAACUCAAACCCACUAAAAUACGGUGCAGCAUCUGUGAUGGUACGGGGCCUUUUUCUCUUCUGGAAUGCGUUUUGGAACUUGUAUUGGUAUUUUUUUUCCCCCUUACAUACCAGGACAUUUUAAAUAAAACAUGCAAACUUUGUUGUUCUGUAGAAGGCAAAGUACUAAUAACAGGAGUACCAAUAAAUAUGCCACUUUAUGAUUUUCUUUAAUACAUGUUUUUAUUCUUCAUCUGUAUAAAUGUACUCAAAAAAUUACUGUCAAAUUAUGCUACUAUAGCAAAAAAAAAAAAUUAUUUUAAGGCUUAUUUUUUAACACAUCUUUACCAGAGUUGCCAGUAAAUGUGUCCAGGUCUGUAAAUAUAACAUUGCCAUGAAUUCACUAGAUGAAUCAGAUCAUGGACAAUGAGUAAACUGAAAUAUUGCUUGUUUUACGUUGCUGUGCAAGAAUAAGUCUAUGGUAAAUCGUAACUGAUAGAUUUGUGUUGUGGAAAUUAACGUUAAAGUGACAUGACUAGUGAGCGGUCACAUGGUCCUUAUGGUCAAACAUUACAGGUCAAGGAAUGUGCAUGUCAUUAUAGCUGCCUUGAGUUAUCAAUGCCAAACGUGGCCAUACUUCUCGAACACAGCAAACGGGUGACAUCUGCGCUUUAGUAGAAUGGAAGUAAUCGGACUAUUUGCAGAGGCUGUCUGGUACAGCGCAUCAACGUUUUUCUUUGCUGUUGAGAUGUAAAAUCCUGAUGACUUUUCAAAAGAGAAAGGCAGGAAUUAAUACAAGCUACAUGUCAGGUUUGUUUGCGUUACAAGAAAAGCCACCGUUGCCUUUUUUAGUGAAGAAAUUGUUUCCUACACAGCUAAGUGUGUCUGAAACACUGCUGAGAGACAAUGAAAUGCAAUCUGUCAAUCAGAUUGAGCAGAAAGUGACUCUGGAGAGCAGUUUGGGCUGGGUGAACCUUUUGAACUGCAAAACAAAAAAAAAAAAAAACAGGGGCGACUCGAACGUGCAAGUUAGGAAACCCCAGUUCCUCUCAUCUGGUUGGUUUAAAUUUCUCUGAAGUUCAAAGCAGAAAAACCAGAGGCUGUGGUAGUCAUUUGCCAAGGUUGAACCUUUACUAACAGUUUGACCAAUGUGGUUGCUCUUUAAGGUCUCACCCACCUGCCUUAAACAAAACGUUCUUGUGAGGCUGUGGUCAACAGGGCUAUUUUGGCAAAUGUGAUGGUUGGGUGAACCAAUAAAACGGAACGGUUGUUUUGUUUACUUAACUCCUGUUUGUAAUGACAUCAAACCCUUGUCUGACCAUGCCUCUGAAUGCAAACAACCAUCAUUCCACCCUAAGGUGACUGCCGUUACGCCAAUGUUCCUUUCCUAGGAUGGACAUCACUGCAGGUCAGGGCCCCAUUCCUGACGGUCGACAACGACAAACCAUUUCGUUUCAAAGACAUAUAUGUAUAAUAGAGAAUACACAAUAGCUGUAUAUGUGUUCCUAUUUUUGUGAAGAGGAAAUAUUCCCAUGACCUGAAAGAAUAAAAUUUCCAACUCUGA